AUGUCUCUCCCUGUUUCCGAGUUUGAUAAGAUCAGCGUCUCUUUAUGGACCAAAAGCCACACCUCUCAGUGGAUUGCUUAUAAGAAGAAUUCCACACCUGAUGAAGAAGAGAAGAGUGCUGAUACAUCAAAGUAUGAGUUUAGAAAUGGUCCACAACUCUUGGACAUAGCAAAGAGUAAAGACACCUUUGUCCAGUACUGCAACAAUCAACCAUUCGCCUCAUCAUUGUGGGAUGAUCUGCAAGAACGACUCAAAGCAAAACGUGAUUGCGCACAUGUUGAGCAGGUCCUUAAAUGGUUCCUCACCAAGUAUGGAGAACCCACAGAUGCUCGACCUCUCACUUCGAUAAAGCUAUCCCUGGAAGGCAGAGGUACGGUGCUGGACAAGAUAGUAUCAAGUGCAGUUGAGAGACUGAGCCACAACGGUGAUGGCAUCAAAGAUAAUCACCCUUUCAAUGUCAUAUAUGGGGCACCUGGUAUUGGAAAGACCAGGGUCCUCGAGGCAAUCUCUAAACGAACUGCAGGUGACCAUCUAUUGCCAGUUAAUCAGGUCAACAUCAACAUCUCCUUCAACAGCACAACACCAUACAACAGGGAGAAGCUUCAAGACAGCACCACAGUCCUCACUUUAUCGACUCGAAUACUAUAUCGGUACUUUGUGGAUGAACUGUGCUUCGAGUAUAUCUCUGCGUGGAUCAAGAGUAAGAAUCCUUCCAUUGUUACCUGUGACAAUCUGGGCUCCAUGACAGACAAGUCCAAACUCAUCUUGAUCAACCUGGGCUUGGAUGAGUUUCAACGCACACUCAAUGAUAGCAAAGACCCAGAUGAGAGAAGAUCCGUACUCAAGGCAAUCAUACGUGACAAUCUAGCUGGCCUCCUUACCAAUGCACCACUCCCAUUCUUCCUCAACAUCACUCUCUGUGGCACUGUAAUUGGAGACAUUACCACAGUGAUCCAUAAGGACUCUUCUCAUCCAUUCACUAGUAUCCCUCUUCCUUUUUUGUCGCAAGAUGCGGUCAAAAGAGUCUGCGAGUCAGCCGGCAUUGUAUUAAACCAAUACAUUGAGAGAGCGCUCAUGUUCACCAGUGGCUGGCCUAGACCGCUUUCCAUCAUGAUCAAAUCAAUCAAGAAUGGCAACCCACUCAACAAGACCAGCGAUAUUCUUGGGUCGACCAGAGAACGAUUCCUCAAACACUAUGGAAGAAUCGACAAGAACAUCUAUCCAAUUAUCAUUGCCUAUUCCCUCACUGGAAUCUCACUCAGUCUCAAUACUAAGGUUCCAAACACCGACAUCACCUUUGAACAAUUGCAAAGUAAUGGACUCCUGGUUCUAGACAAUAAUGUUGUUAAGCUUCCUCCCUACUUUAUCUACAUUUAUGUCGACUACCAACCAGACAACCUCUACGUCUCUCAUCUACGCCCACUUUAUUACAACCUCAAACUUGCGCUCAACACGGUUCAAGAUGGCGAUUUUGGUUUCGAGCAAUUUGAAACCUUUUGUGCUCAUUACCAGGCAGCACGAAUGAUCUCUUUCCAUCUAAUUAUGUCCGAUCCAAAGCCCAAUGCAACUCACGUUGGUCCGCUCCCCUCCCAGCCAAUCACAUUUGGUCAAUUGUUUGGUCGGUCAUCUCACUUUUUCCCUUUGGAUCUUAACAAUAAGAUAUUCUCCAUCAGCAAUAGUAUCGAUCUUGUCAAUCGCCCACCACAUCAUGAGCCCGAAACAACAGGCUCAAUGAACCCCUCAACAAUCAUUCUAAAUUAUAGGGGAGGCAAGGUGGAUAUUGUUGCCAGGUCUGCAGCCACUACACUGGAUCAAAUUGGAUACCUGUUCAACUCUAUGAAGUUCACGGACAACUCUAAUACUCUCAGGAAGAACGAACUGCAGAACAACAAAGAAGUAAAGCUCGCCAGAAUCCUUGGAAUCCAGCCUGAUCAAUACUCUAUUGUCCUUCAGAGCACCAAGCGUCUCACAAACACAAUGAGAGACACAUUUCUCAAGGAGAUGGAUCUCAAGAAAGAACAUGAUUCAGUUAUGAAAGAUGCGAAAGAGGAAGUGGAUGAGGAAGAAUUGAAGGAGGAAGAGGAGGAAGAGGAGAGGAAGAAAAGGUGGAUCAGAAGAAGAACAAGAAGAGAAAGUCAGAGACAGUCCCAGACUUCACCAAAGGGAUCAACUAUGUUAUGA